CCUCCUCCUCCUCCUGUCCACCGGCGCGCACAGCCACACUUCCUCCCGGCGGCCCCGGGCGCGCUCCGGGACACACGCUCCGGCUGCCUGCUCCGUCCGCGGCGUGCACCCCAGGUCCCUCUCCAUCCGGCCUCCGGGACCGAGACACCCCGAUCGUGUCGCCUACCCCUGCUUGGCGACCGGGGUGAGUUACCCACCCAAUACCCGGUUGUGCACCCGAGGCAAAGUCGUCAGUGCUGAGUGGAAACAAAAUGUCAGUCAGCGUGCAUGAGAACCGCAAGUCCAGGGCCAGCAGCGGCUCCAUUAACAUCUACCUGUUUCACAAGUCUUCCUACGCUGACAGUGUCCUCACUCACUUGAACCUUCUACGCCAGCAGCGUCUCUUCACGGAUGUCCUUCUGCAUGCUGGAAAUAAGACCUUUCCUUGCCACCGGGCAGUGCUGGCCGCAUGCAGCCGCUACUUUGAGGCCAUGUUCAGUGGUGGCCUGAAAGAGAGCCAGGACAGUGAAGUCAACUUUGACAACUCCAUCCACCCAGAAGUCUUAGAGCUGCUUCUUGAUUAUGCAUACUCCUCCCGAGUCAUCAUCAAUGAAGAAAAUGCCGAAUCGCUCCUGGAAGCUGGCGACAUGCUGGAGUUUCAAGAUAUCCGGGAUGCAUGUGCAGAGUUUCUGGAAAAGAACCUGCAUCCGACCAACUGCCUGGGCAUGCUGCUGCUGUCUGAUGCACACCAGUGCACCAAGCUGUAUGAACUGUCCUGGAGAAUGUGUCUCAGCAACUUCCAGACCAUCCGCAAGAAUGAAGAUUUCCUCCAGCUGCCCCAGGACAUGGUCGUGCAGCUCCUGUCCAGCGAAGAGCUGGAGACGGAAGAUGAAAGGCUUGUCUAUGAGUCUGCUAUUAACUGGAUCAGUUACGACCUGAAGAAGCGCUACUGCUACCUCCCAGAACUCUUGCAGACAGUGAGACUAGCCCUCUUGCCGGCCAUCUAUCUCAUGGAGAACGUGGCCAUGGAGGAACUCAUCACCAAGCAGAGGAAGAGUAAGGAGAUCGUGGAAGAGGCCAUCCGCUGCAAACUAAAAAUCCUGCAGAAUGAUGGCGUGGUCACCAGCCUCUGCGCCCGCCCUCGCAAAACCGGCCAUGCCCUCUUCCUCCUGGGAGGACAGACGUUCAUGUGUGACAAGCUGUAUCUGGUCGACCAGAAGGCCAAAGAGAUCAUUCCCAAGGCCGACAUUCCCAGUCCAAGAAAAGAGUUCAGCGCAUGUGCCAUUGGCUGUAAGGUGUACAUCACCGGAGGACGGGGGUCCGAAAACGGAGUCUCCAAAGAUGUCUGGGUUUAUGAUACCCUGCAUGAGGAGUGGUCCAAGGCUGCCCCCAUGCUGGUGGCCAGGUUUGGCCAUGGCUCUGCCGAACUGAAGCAUUGCCUGUAUGUGGUUGGGGGGCACACAGCCGCAACCGGCUGCCUCCCAGCCUCCCCGUCUGUCUCUCUAAAGCAAGUAGAGCACUAUGACCCCGCAACCAACAAAUGGACCAUGGUGGCCCCGCUCCGAGAAGGUGUCAGCAACGCCGCGGUAGUGAGCGCCAAACUCAAGCUGUUUGCUUUCGGAGGGACCAGCGUCAGUCACGACAAGCUCCCCAAGGUUCAGUGUUAUGAUCAGUGUGAGAACAGGUGGACAGUGCCAGCCACCUGUCCCCAGCCCUGGCGUUACACGGCAGCCGCUGUGCUGGGGAACCAGAUUUUUAUUAUGGGGGGAGAUACAGAGUUCUCCGCCUGCUCCGCCUACAAGUUCAAUAGUGAGACGUACCAGUGGACCAAGGUGGGAGAUGUGACGGCCAAGCGCAUGAGCUGCCACGCGGUGGCCUCCGGCAACAAACUCUACGUGGUCGGAGGCUACUUUGGCAUUCAGCGGUGCAAGACUUUGGACUGCUACGACCCCACCUUAGACGUCUGGAACAGCAUAACCACUGUUCCGUACUCGCUGAUCCCGACUGCCUUUGUCAGCACCUGGAAACACCUGCCUUCUUAAACACAGCACGUCCCGAAGAAGGUGAGCAUGAGUUCACUCCACUUGAUGAGACAACAUGAUCUGCUUUGAAGAAGCCAAGUUUAAUGAAAUGAGAGGAAAAAAAAGAGAGAGAGAGAAGUUACUACAAGACUCAAAAAUACCAUGGGCUGCACCUUGUGAACGCUCUUAAGUGGACAUGAACGAAGGGGGAGGGGGGUUCUUCAGUGCCCAAGUAGCACAUGGUUUAAAUAUGAAUGACUGAACCUGUGAUCCAGUCCAUGUCUUGUAAUUGUGGAUUAAUGUCAGCGUUAAUCAGACCCUCAAAAGGAGAGAAAAGCUGGGCCUUUUCCCUUGCUGUAUAGCAUCCAGCAUUUGAUUUCCAUGGGCUCCACCAUUUAUGUGUAAAAUUUGAAAUGCUUGUCACCUUCCUCUGAGGAGGGAGCUUGAAGCCUCCCCACCAGCUGCUGUUGGAGACACACAGCCAAGCACGGUCAGGAGCGGGAAGCUGAUUGAAGAAUGGGGGACUCGGUCGCUGGACUCCCCGCUAAUCUCCAAGGGGUUGUGCCCCCCCCAAGAAUGCCUCCGAACAAUGGGGACAUUGUUGGUAGCCUCUGUUAGAUGCUCUUUGCUAUUUAUAAGUGACUUUAAACUUUUCCCUUGGCUGUUAAGAAGUUUGUUUUAGGUUUUAGCUAUUUAUUGUUCAAUGCCUGCAUGCUGAAACAAUGCUUACGGUUGUGUUCACGUGUAUGGGCGUGUGUGAAUGAUUGUAUGUUUUGCACAUUUUGUGGCUGUUGAGGUGUACUUUGCUGCACAAAAAUGAAAAUUUGGGGGGGGGGUUAUAAUUUGGAGUGUAACUAAAGGGCGGGCGGGGGAGGGGUGGGAUGUUGAAAUAUCAAGACAGAAGGAUUCCAAGACAGGAAACUUAUAUUACAUCCCAGAGGUAGAGAGGCCACGAAGGUCACUUUGCCUAGAAUCACACCUUUUAACGGCAUUUUAUAGGCUAUGGUCAUGCUGAUGGUGGCCUAAAUAAUCAGGCAAGAUGAUUCUGUCCACCCGCCUGCCUCCCAUCUGAUUUUACCUAACUUCAAUUUUAGCUACUGACUUCUGGAAAGGACCAAAUUACUUCACAAUUUUGUUUGUGUAAUAUCCUGAAACCCUUGGGUGAGGGGGGGAAACCUAUGGAUUAGUACUAUAUAUAGGGCACAGGUGAAGAAUUGUCCAAAGUUUAUUUAUUUAUUUAUUACCCUUGGCAAAUGCUUCGCAGUAACCACAAAUGGAGGGGGAAAAAAAAGUAAAAUGUCAAAUGUCUCAGACAUGAGUUAAUUCACUGAGCACAUUGUUGGAUCUGCACUUGUGGCUGUGGGAUCUUGCUAUUGGAUCUAGAAAGUGCCAGUUCUCUUUAGGAAAACAAUCCACGUUGGUACAAUGUACACUUUAGUGUUCCCCCUUAGGCCGAUCUUGAAUAUAGCUCUUUGGUAUACACAAAGUGACAUAUUUGAUCACAGAAUGCCAAAGCAUUGUAAGCAGUGACCCCAUGGCUAGGUUUUCCGGUCCCACUGGGACUCGGUUGUGAAUACAUUCUUUGCUCUUUGGAGUGCUUGUUUACUAAACACGUGUCAUGGUAGGUAGUAGUGUAAAACUCCAAUAGGCGCUGCCCUUGGUGUCUGGACCCAAGUUUGCUACUUCCAUCUGCCUUGGUCCGUAUUUUUCACAGUGCUGCGUCUUAGGCUAUAGGAUUGAAGACAGAUAACAACCUUUCUACAUUGUGAGUGUGCUUGCCUUGUCUAAUGACAGAUAUCCUUAACAUUUCUCUCCACCUUAGUACUUUAGGCUAAUUGUACAUGUCUGUUCAUGCCAUGAAUAAGUAGGCUAUCGUUGGACCAAAAUAAAAUAAAAUGAGCCAUUGGAAUCAAAACAUCACAGUGUCAGCCCUGGUUCCUAGACAUGUCCGGAGCAAUGCAAAUGAGUAAUUGUACCCUGGUGGCAUAGUCCAUGUCCUUCCCUGAUAGCAGUCCAGGCUCUGUAGUUAAUGAUGCAAAUCCAUCCAGGGCUGUACGCGUCACUGUGCAGCUUGUGAAAGCCGGGUGAAUUUUCUGCAGCUGUUUCAAAGUUGUGGCCUGUCCUUGAAUCCUGUUAAUUACCGUGUGUGAGCCUGAGGGAGCCUCGCUGUAAGGGUGGGCCCCUGGCCUGCAGGGAACUUUCUAGACUCCUGCUCUUUGAAUUGAUGUAGGCAUUUGGGCUCACUACUUGACCGUUCUCACCCUGUGAAACGUCUCACACUUUGAAGCAAAUACAAUUCACAGCACAGUACACACAAAAACCCUGGCAUAAGACCCAGAAGGUUCUUCUUAUUCUGUGAGCUGGUUGCCGUAGAAACGGAUAACAAAGGGCAGCCUUCCACUUCUGGUAUAAUUGUGGAGCCCCUUUUCUCAGGCUUGACACCUGUCUGAAUGAGAGUGAUUAGAACUGCAUAAUAUCCCUCUCUCAGCUAUUAAAUAUGUGGUUCACGUACCAAACUGUAGAAGUUAGUAAAAUGUUCAUGGUCUUAUGUACUAGUUUGCUACAACUACAUUUUUGAGGUUUUGUAAAACUGUUACUUUUUUUUUUCACAAUGUGAAACUGAAGGUCAAUAAAUUAUUAGAGAUUUUCUCUUCA